AUGGCGAUCCAUGCCGACUACCCCGGCCUGACGGUUGAGAUAUACGGCGACGGCAAACCACUUGAAGAAUACAAGAACCUGGAAGAGGAAGAUGUGCCUGAGACAACCACGCGAUACGUGGAGUGCCGGUCUGGUGCGGAAUUUGCGAUAAGGACGAAGUUCACCUCACCUUUUAAGCCGAUGGACACAUCGAUUGUCGCUUAUUUGGACGGAACAAAAGUGCACUCACAAGUUGCACAGCCGCCUGCGAUGCUGACGGGGGUUUACGAUCAAUCUCAGCACAAAUGGAAGGAAAAUGCCGCACUCAAGUCUCUCGGCAUUGUACCGCGCUCACCAAGUCCUUCUCCAAUUCCAGAGCCAGCGUUGAUUAAGAAGGAAGCCUCACCCGAGCCGACACCCAACAAUGUCCCAAACAUCUUAUCACCCUCUGCCACCCCGCGGCCCAAAUCUGCCAGUGCCACACCAGCUCCGCCGCAGCCCAAAUUCAUUUCGCCCACUCCCAACGAGCACGACGGUCUCACAGAUGAAGACAUCAUUGCGCUCAUCAAGCACUACCGCGGAAAUGACAAGGGAUUGACUGGUCAAAAUCGGAAGCGACUUCUAGUACUACUCAAGCAUUAUGAGGACAAGGACAAUGAGCAGGUACCUACCAAGCAAGAGGCGGACCCCAGUGAAUCACGAGUGCGUAUCAAGCGCGAGCAUACCGAUGACGGCGCUGCGCGCGGACAGGGAAAGAAGCGCAAGCCUGAAGUCAUAAUCCUGGAUGACUGA